AUGGCUAUUAAGUUCACUGCAGCAACAUCAGCUGAGGUUAUAGGUUCAGUCGAUGACCUCUUGCUACAAAUCUUGCUAUGGUUACCUGUAAAAUCGCUGAUGCGGUUCAAGCUAGUAUCCAAACACUGGAAAUCUUUAAUCAUGGGGCGUCAUUUUUCCCUUCUGCGCUAUACGGGCCCUAGCCCUGCAGUGGGAUUGUUCUGUCCUGGCCGGAAGAUCUCUGUUUUUAAGUACGUUCAUUUAGGUGCAGCAAAUCAGACAAAGCCCCUGUUCAGGGAAUUAAGGUUUCCUGAUGACCCUUUCUCAUUCUGGAUUCAGCAGUCUUGUAAUGGAUUAUUUCUGUGUUGUAGCUCUGGGAAUCUUGUUUGUAGGCGUAUUAGAUCUCCUGUACGGAGAUGCUACGUGUAUAAUCCGACUACAGGCUGUUACACCAAACUUCCAAGACCAGGUGUUGUGAAUGAAGUUCCAAGAAUUGUGCAUGGAGUAAACUUGGCUUUUGAUCAUGUUAUGGCUCCCUUUUACAAAGUUGUUUGUGUUAGAGGGUCGGAGUUUGCCCGCGAGCUUUUCCAGGUUGAGGUAUACUCGUCUGAGUCCGGUGCUUGGAGGGUGUCAGGCGAACCUUUCAGUUCCACAGCCAGUUUUGAGUAUGGGGUUUACUGGAAUGGCUCAGUUCAUUGGAUCAGUCAUAUGCCUAAAGAGCUUUUGUAUUUCAAUCUCGACAAAGAGAGGUUGGGGAAGACGUCGUUGCCUGGUAUAAGGGACGGUAAUGGGAUGAGAAAUGUUGGUUAUUUUGGGGAGUCUUGUGAUCAUUUGCAUAUCAUUGAAAGUCAUGAUUAUGAAAUAGUGUUUGAUGUUUAUGAGAUGAAGAGGGAUUACUCGGAAUGGUUUGUGAAGUACCGAGUUGAUCUCACAGUUGUUACUGCUGCUUUCCCUGAGAUAGCUUAUAUGAAUCCAUUGAUAAACAGAACUUGCUAUGCUUUCUCUGUUUUUUCUCUGGUUCGGGCCGAGGAGGAAAGUUCGUUCUUGGUUUUGCUGACUCCUCGUAAGGUUGUGCGACUCAGUCUUGACUGCAAUAUUGUGGAGGAGAUUUGUGAUUCUGCGGAUACUUGGUUUGAAUCUUUCUUGCCGCAUGCUUUCGAAUACAUUGAAUCCCUUGCCUGUGUUUGA